AUGACGGAAAUAUUGACAGCAUGCUUGUUGUAUCACCAUGCCGAACGCCAUGCUUCAGUCAACAUGGUGGAGGAGGCUAAGACAACAAAGUUACGAACUAUCGUCGAUUUGCUGACAGAGAUGGAGCAGUCGGCAAAAAACUUUUCAUUUCAACCACAUGUAGGGUACACUGGUGCCUCAGGAAGGCCUAAGAUUCGUGUCACUAAAGAACAGUUAACCUGUCGUGUGGAUAACGGCUUUAAGGGAACAGAUAUGACUUGUAUGUUGAGCAUUUCUCAGGCUACACUCAACAGGCGGCGUAAGGAUUUUAACCUUGAAAUUUCACAUUUUUUUUCAACCAUCGACGAUGAUACCUUGGAUGGUAUUGUUCGAGGUAAAAAGGAGGAGUUCCCUAACAGUGGCUAUCGAAUGGUUUGGGGUCAUUUAAAAGGAAGGGGACUGGUUCUUCAGCAGUCCCGUGUUAGAGGAAGCCGUUGCGGCGAAUUGAAUGCGCUUAGAUGGCUUCACGUAACAGAAAGAAGAAAAUACAAAGUAGCCAGUCCAAAUGCUCUUUUGGCAUAUUGA